AUGAUAUUACUGAUAUCUGCUUUGACAAAGGAUUCGUGCUUUGUGGGGGAAGAUGCAGCCUCCGUUGAUGCUCAUAUCAAGGUACGAAAUGAUCAGCACAAGAAGCUACAUCCUGACACAGCACUGGUGAAAGACCGCAUGACAAAAACCUUUGCAUGGAGACGUCGAGAGGUAGCUGAAGGAAUGUGUACUGUGGACCUAUUAAAGAGAUAUCCAUUCCUGGGGACACCCGCAGGGUUGUGUGAUGAGGUUGAUUUAAUGCAUCCUUGCCAAGACAACAUCUGUCGCCGCUUUAGCAAAAACUUCACAGCUGUUCUUCAAAAUGUUCUUCAAAUGACCAAGGAUUUGCCACUGAAGAAGGUCUACAUGGAGGCAAGAGAGAAUGCACUGGCUGAAGACAUUACAGGAAUCGACUUCAAGGGGGCACUUCUCCUCUUGCCAUCCAUCUUCAAGGAGAAGAUAGAAGAUUUCAUCAUCCUUGGAGAGAAUACUCCCACGAGUCCAUACCCAACCAUUCGAAUGAAGGAUAAGAAUUGGACAGCUGCCCUCUCAAGACAGUGUCGCGGUGUUGUGACAGUUGAAGGAGUGGAUGUUUGCUCGUGCCGCUCGCUGGAUGAGGCCUACAUCUCAGCAUUCUCCAGCUUCUUCGUGUUCAACAUGACCUACCCUGCAUACUUCAAGAAAACACUUGUCUUUCUUCAGAACUGCAUUGUCAACAUAGGAGAACAGGGAGACAAACCCCUUCCAGUAAGUGUCACCAGAGUACUUAACCAACUCUAUUAAAAAUGCCCCCACUCUACAAAUGUUCAAAAUGUUCAAAAAGGGCAUUUACUCUGAGGAAGUUGAUUACACAU